CGACUGCGUGCGCGCGGCGUCUCCCUCUCACGUCGGGUGCGGGGCCGCCGCCCGGCUCGAGCCUCGGGGUCAUGGAGGAGCCCGGGCGGGAGGAGUCGGCGGCGGACGACUUCGAGCUGCUCGUGAGGAGUCAGCGCAGGGAGAAACGGGAGCUGCAGGCCAAAAUUCAAGGUAUGAAAAAUGCUGUACCUAAGAAUGAUAAAAAGAGAAGAAAACAGUUGAUUGAUGAUGUUGCCAAACUGGAGGCAGAAAUGGAACAGAAGCACAAGGAAGAACUGAAGCAGCUAAAGGAAACUUUACCUGAGCAGAAUAAGGUAGAUUCUGUGGCUGAUAGUAUUGCAAGUUUUCAGCUUGAGGAAAGAGAGCAACAGAUGCAGCAACCUCGAAUAUCAAAAGCACAGAAAAGGCGGGAGAAGAAAGCUGCACUGGAGAAGGAAAGAGAAGAAAGGAUAGCUGAAGCUGAGAUAGAAAAUUUAACAGGAGCCAGACAUCUUGAAAGUCAAAGGCUUGCUCAGAUAUUGGCAGCAAGGCAGUUGGAAAUUAAACAGAUUCCAUCAGAUGGCCACUGCAUGUACAGAGCUAUUGAAGACCAGCUCAAGAAUCAGCAAAACUCCUGGACUGUUGCAACCCUGAGAAGUCAAACUGCAGAGUAUAUGCAAAGUCAUGUUGAUGAUUUCCUGCCGUUUCUAACAAAUCCCAACACAGGAGACAUGUAUAGCCGAGGGGAGUUUGAAAAGUACUGUGAUGAUAUAGUCAACACAGCUGCCUGGGGUGGUCAGCUGGAACUAAGGGCUCUAUCACACAUUUUGCAAAAACCAAUUGAAGUAGUGCAAAUGGAUUCUCCUCCCAUUAUUGUUGGUGAAGAAUAUUCAAGCAAACCAUUAAUACUAGUGUAUAUGAGACAUGCAUAUGGAUUAGGAGAACAUUAUAAUUCUGUAAAGCUGCUCACAGACACUGCUACAGAAAAUGGUAGCUAGUAUACAGUCAUAAGUCCACAUGGAUAAUGGGUGCCGCUUGACACUUUGGGCUCUUCGUCUAUGGAGGGUUCCCAAGAAGACUGGAAAACAAAAGUAACGGGAAGGAACUUUUAAGAAAGACAAAAGAUUUGGUUACAUAUCAGAAGUAGCAGUUUAAAACAGUACCUAGACUGCUGAUUUAGAUCAUGUUUUAGAAAAUAUUAUCUAAAAUGCUGGCUGUGUAAGCCAUUGUAACUUGCAUAGUUUGAGUAUUUUGGUUUACAUAACAUACUCUGCCACAGUGAAAGAUCAAUAGUAUAUGUUUCAGGUAGCCUGUGUUUUUUUUCGUGCUUCUGUGCAUUUCUACUGAAGAGUUGAUGUGAUUUGCAGGCUCUUAUUAGGUCAUUUCAAGUAGAUUAUGGUGAUCAUGGAGAUUUUAUUAAGGCAUUUAAAUGACUGUUGAAUAAUAUUCUGGACUGGAGUGACCGUCAAGAUAUUGCUUUAAUCGUCUCAACAGGGCAUAGCUAAAACAUAUUUAAACAAUAGUAAGGACACUCCUAAUACUUUAGUUACAUAAGAGCCAGAGGUAAAGCCAGUGAUGCUGAAUAUCAUACCCUUAUCUGACUCAAAAGGUCGCAAACCUAACUUCUGCUUUUAUGGAUUCUCCUCUUAAUUUUUUAAUCAGGUUUUGAAAACUGUCUUGUCUUCUGCUUAUGGCCAUAGAUGACAGAACAUGGGUGAGAAUUGAUAAUGGCACUGCUGGUCCACAUAGUCCCGCCUGUAGAACAGGGGACAUUCAACUUUUUGUUCUUUUGUAAUUUAUUUUUCUUUACAAUAGUUGUCAUUUCAGAUGAAGACUUAGUGAACUAGUCCAAACAUACUGUUUAUAGUGCUUCCAUUCCAUCAGAUAUGCAGUUUGGAAUGCAGUUUACGAUACUCAGGUGUGGUCUGUACUUAAAAUUUAGGUCAAUGUACCUACGGUGUUCAGCAGUGUGAACAAUCCACACUCCUGAGCACCGUAGCCAUUCCGACAUGAUGCCUGAUGUAGAUGUAGCUAGAUCGCUGGAAGAAUGCUUCCAUCAACCUACUUACUAUUGUUCGGGGAGAUGGUUUUUCCUACAGCAAUGGAAAAAAUCCUCUUGUUGUAGGUUAUGUCUAUGUUAUGGGGUUGUACCGGCAAAACUUCGGCGCUGGUAGUUACGCCAAUAUAGUCCCUGUAGUGUAGACAUUGCCUUAUACAGCCAGUUGCAAACAGUUACAAGAAUUAAGUGAUAAUUUUUAUAAGUAACUUUAAAGAUGACCUGCAAAGAAAUUUGGAUUUGUGUUGUCUGCUUUGCUUCUUUAUGACAUACAGAGAAGACUCGAAAUAUAUACGGAAAGCCUGCUAAUACCAGGAAAUUAUUUUUUAUAUAGACUGUUUAAAACUUUUUUACAUUUGUUCAUUCAGGCAGUUAAAAAAAAAAUUUGGGAGAAAAGCAGUUGUUAAAGAUGCAAUAGUGCUGUCCCUUAGCUGAGGGCUGAGAGAGUUUAUAGUCCACAUCCAAAACAUCUGAGUCAUACAGUAAAACCAGAAAACAAAUUGACAUUCCUGGUACUUCUUCAUGCCUUCUUUAUGUAUCAUAAAAAAGUAAGACACAAAACCAACUAUUUUUCUUCUGUAGAUCAUUUAAUGAAAGCACUUUGUGGUCUUGCUGAAAGAGAUGCAAAUGAGGACUUUACAAAUGCCAUAUUUACUUGUUUUAUAGGUAGUCUUCCCACAUAAAGAAUGUUUGAUUAUGAAUUUCACAGCAUGGAGCCUGCCAGGCAAAACAAGUGUUAACCAAAUAUAACAUCGUUUGGUGAUCUUUAUUCAUUGUAACAACUGGAUGAACCCAAUUGAUGUCUUGAUCGCAGGAGUCAGACUUUUUUUUGUAAUGCCUGUUACCAGAAAGGGAUUCAUUAGUGAGAGAGAAUUAAUAUAAAAUCUUCUUUAAUGCCAUAAAGAUUUUCACCAUAAUACAAUAAUAUAUUAUUUUUAGUGUUACCUAAAAUUGAUGUAUUAGGCAGUGUACAUGCUGAUUUAUGUAGCUGAAUGGUGAAUAAUUGUCAGUUAAUUGAGGUUUCAUCAGAAUUUAUUCCUGGGUCACUAAUUGAAAGGGGAAAAAGAUGAUAUUGGAAUUCUGGAAUAUGUCUGUAUCCAACAAUUUGUCCAAUUUAAGAUGUUUUCAACUUGUACAAAGCAAAAGAAUAUUUAAUGAUAGUGAGCAAAGGACCUUUGCUCUUGCUGUAUGGGCCAUGCCAAAAAAAAUAAAAUAAAAAAAAAAAUGUAUGGAAACUUCCAUUGCUUUAACCUGCUUGAAUUAAGAAGUUAGAAACUUAUUUGUAUUUAUUGAAUUGCAUAAGAUUUCCACUUAUCAGUUUG